AUGUUGCAUUCAAGAGCUUUCUUACUAUUGGAAAGAGAGUUUGUGGAGCUCAAGCAAGCAAAUAUAUUUGGCAUUUCUGUUAUGCCUAUGGAAGACAAUUGGAUGGAAUGGAUAGCUGAAAUUGAAGGGCUGAAGGAUACAUUAUGGGAAGGUGCUGAACUUCAACUGUCACUGAAAUAUUUUGAAGACUACAAUGCCAUGCCUCCAACCAUCACAUUCACCACCAUUCCUUUCCAUCCCAAUGUUGAUCCAGAAUCUGGGAGACCUUGUGUGGAUUUUCUAGAUAACCUUAGCAAGUGGAACACUAACUUUACAAUGACUAGUAUUCUACUUACUAUCCAGGUUUUGUUGUCUAAUCCUGUUCUGGACAAUGCCGUGAACCUGGAGGCAGCUCAAAUGCUGAGAAACAAUUAUCCCCUCUACAGAGAAAAAGUUGUGCAGUGUGUCACAAACAGCAAGCAACUCGAAGCCAUUGCCAAAGAUUGGGAUACGUCAGUCAAGUUUGUCCAAAAAUCACCCGAACCAACCCCACACAGAAAGACAAAAGCGAUAUCAUAUGAAGAAUAUUUUAUAACAUGGUUUAAAAUUGCCACAUCAAAACCUGCUGAAGAAUUUAAACACCCAGUGUUUGAAGAUCCAGAGUACAUAGGAAACCGUUACCACUGGAUGGCAGAGAAUGUGAACAGAGGCAGCUGGGAUGAAACUUUACAUAACAUUUUUGUCUCUGAAUACAUUGAAAAACAGAAGAAACAGAUAAAGUUAGAAAACUGGGGAGGCAGGUGCGUUAUCCCAAGUCCAGAACCUUCAAAAACAUCUUCUGUGGAACCUAAGAAGAUAGACAAAAGCAAAAAUGAAGAACAAUGGGAAGAUGAAGUCGAACAUCUUGUUGUGUGGUCUACAAAACUUGACCAGGGAAAAUUAGAUUAA